CAAAAACUUCCUAGGUAAGGAAACUUACCAGAUUUGGCACCUGCUGGACCCAAUGAUGGACCCAGAAACAACCUUGAUUUAUUCGGAAUAUUUCUACGUCACAAGCCAAAAUCCUGAUAUCGAAGAGACCCACUCCCACGUUCCUUAUACAUCAGUCUUCCUUCCGGUCUUUUACACAGCUGUGUUUCUGAUUGGAGUGUUGGGGAACCUCAUCCUCAUGAGUGCACUGCAUUUCAAACGGGGCAGCCGGAGACUGAUCGACAUCUUUAUCAUCAACCUGGCUGCCUCCGACUUCAUCUUCAUCAUCACAUUGCCUCUCUGGGUGGAUAAAGAAGCAUCUUUGGGAAUGUGGAGGACAGGCUCUUUCCUGUGCAAAGGCAGCUCCUACAUGAUCUCAGUCAACAUGCACUGCAAUGUCUUCUUGCUCACCUGCAUGAGUGUGGACCGCUACCUGGCCAUUGUGUGUCCAGCUGUAUCCAGGAAAUUCAGAAGAAGGGACUGUGCGUAUGGAGUCUGUGCCAGUAUCUGGUUUAUCUCCUGCCUCCUGGGGUUGCCUACACUUCUGUCCAGGGAGCUUACCCUGAUUGAUGGUAAGCCAUACUGUGCAGAGAAGAGGGCCACUACAAUGAAACUGGCUUGGGCCCUGGUGGCCUUAAUUUUUACAUUUUUUGCCCCUUUGGUGAGCAUCGUGACUUGCUACUGUUGCAUCACAAGGAAGCUGUGUGUCCAUUACCAGCAGUCAGGAAAGCAUAACAAAAAGCUGAGGAAAUCCAUAAAGAUCAUCUUUAUUGUCGUGGCAGCCUUUGUCUUCUCCUGGCUGCCGUUUAAUACUUUCAAGCUCCUGGCUAUUGUCUCUGGGUUGCAGCAAGAACAGUACCUUUCCGCAGCUACUCUUCAGCAGGGCAUGGAGGUGAGUGGGCCCUUGGCAUUUGCCAACAGCUGCGUCAACCCUUUCAUUUACUAUAUCUUUGACAGCUACAUCCGCAGGGCCAUCGUGCACUGCUUGUGCCCUUGCCUGAAGAACUAUGACUUUGGGAGCAGCACCGAGACAUCAGACCUCACUAAGGCUCUCUCCAACUUCAUUCAGGCAGAGGAUUUUGCCAGAAGGAGGAAGAGGUCUGUGUCACUCUGAAAGGGACAAUGACAUUUCAAGCUCUGUUGGUGGAUUGGAGGGUUCGUUUGUGUCCGAGACAAGGAAAGAAGAAAAGUAUUGCUAGUAGUAAUGAUAUUGCUUCAUGAAUACAAGGAAGUGUUAAUUUUUAAAGAGAUACCCAGAAGGUCCCUGUGUUCAUGGAUAUAAUUAGGCCAUAUGCUGGUGGUUUUUUUUUUCAGCUGAGUGGCUUUGCUUGACCCUUGCCAAUCUAGUUCACCAGGCAGAAUACAACUCUUAUAUGUGUUUGAACUCUAAGAUAAAAGCUCCUGCUUAGUCCAGUUCCUUUCUCCGUGGUUGUUAAUGAACAUUCAAGCCUUUUCCUCUCUUAGUAUUCUAGAGCCACAUCACCCUUCAUACCGGGCUCCAAGACGUACAGCAUCUAAAGGAUUCUGCCCACUUGUAUCUGGUGAGAAAUGUGGUGACAAUGCAAGUAGUAAAAAAUGUAAUAUACCUGUGCUUAGUAAUUAAUUAUUCCUGAGUAAUGAAGUGAGGUUCUGGCCUUAAUCUUUAAAACUUUAUAUGGUUAUUCUAUACCAUCUUCCAACAUUGUCUUUCACCCUAUCCCAUUCACAGUAACUUUGGACUGGGGAAAGCUCAUGGGGAUAAAAUCAUUUUGCAUUGUGUUUGUGAUUUGGGACUUACUUUACCACUGGGUCUUCAAGAGUAUUUUAACAAGAAAGCAUAGGACAGUGUUUGACUUUUAUUUUCCUUGUAAGAUAUAUCAGUUAAAAUGUAUCUCAUUACAAUGGUGUAGUAACUACUUUUCAAUGGGGAUUUUCUGUGCUUAUUAUUUUCUUUGCCUUUAUAAAUUAGGAUAUGGCUUUGUUUUAAUUACAUGUUUUUAAUUAUCUAGUUAUCUAGUUAUCAAAUAAAAAUGCUGCUACUACUACUAUAAUUGGAGGUCAUCACAUGCUUAGCAACACCCUCGUGCAGAUUAUCAUUUUGUAUUUUAAUUAAAGUCUUAGUGCUACACAUUCCCUAUAGCAUCAUUCGCUUGGUGUAUGUAAUUUCAUGAUUGGAUCCAAUAACAUAGCAAAACAGGAUGCUCUGUAUUCAGCUGAAGGGAAAAAUCCAUAACAAAGAUGUUACUGGUAUUUUACAUACAUUUUUUUGAAACCCAGAGACCUUCCGGAAUUCCUUCACCUGAUAAAUAUUUACUGAGUCAGUUUGUACCUAUAUUCCUUUUAAAGAAUUUGAAACGGGAAAUGUAAUUAGCAGCAACCACAAAAGGCUUUGCAGCAGCAAACAUACUACUGUAAAUAUCUUUUGAUUCAAGAUAAAGUAGGUUUUAUUUUUACCCCCACUAUUGACUCAAAUGCAUUAGUUUUACUUUUAAAUAUUAGGUUUGAAAAUCAGAGAAAGCUUAGAAUCUUUUCAGAGACUAGGUAAUUCAAGUUCAUCCUGUGUAUCUUUCAUAUUAAAAGAAAUCUCAAACGUGUAUCUUCUUACAGUCUAUCAGAAGUUUUUGGUUUUAUAAAUUGGUUAAUUUAUUACUUUCUCAAACUUUUAUUAAAUAAAAAUAUAAUUU